AUGGAUACAGAGGACAAAGGUUUUUCUGAAGGAAAGGCAGCAUUUUUUGAUAAUGAUGACUACGAGGAUGUGGAUUCUCUCAUGGACAAGUCAGGAGAGGAGGAUGAAGAUGACAGAAAGAGGGAUUCUUCUGGGACAGAAUAUGAUGACAUUGAGGGACAAGCCAAUGGAACCUCUCCUUCCCAAACCCACCAUGAUGAAGACCUCGACAUCCCUCUCCUUCCCAAGAGACCCGAGAACAUUCUUGAUCAGGACACCUAUGAAGUGGAGACAGAGAAACAGAAGGACUGUGAUGAUGUCAUAUCUGUCGAGGCUACAGCCAAUGAAAAUGCAGGGAUGACAGGCACACAAGCACAGGUAGAUGUAGACGUGGAUGAAGGUGCAGAUUCAGAUUUAGAUGCAGGUCUAUUUGCAAAUGCUGAUGCAGAUAUGUUGACCACAGAGGUAGAAGUUCACGCUCAAGCAGAGUAAUAAAGCAGCCACGAGACCAAAUUGUUAUUUCAAGUUAAUAUUAAUAAGUGAUAAGAUUGUAUGUUCUUAUCACAGUAGAAAAUUAAAGGGAUAGUUCCCCCAAAAAUCGAAGUUAUGUCAUUAAUAACUCACCCUCAUGUCGUUCCAAACCCGUGAGACCUCAGUUUAUCUUUGGAACACUUUUUAAGAUAUUUUAGAUUUAGUCCGAGAGCUCUCAGUCCCUCCAUUGAAGCUGUGUGUACGGUAUACUGUCCAUGUCCAGAAAGGUAAGAAAAACAUCAUCAAAGUAGUCCAUGUGACAUCAGAGGGUCAGUUAGAAUUUUUUGAAGCAUUGAAAAUACAUUUUGGUCCAAAAAUAGCAAAAACUACGACUUUAUUCAGCAUUGUCUUCUCUUCC